UGCCAUGUCUAAACCGUUGACAGAACCCGACCUGAUUUUCUUGUGUUGUACAGUAACGAUGGAACUUACAUUUGUCGGCGUUAAAGUGUUCCUUGAAGCGUUAGUCAGUUCAAAGGCUCAUGAUCCCCUGAGAUAUAUAUGGAAAGUGAGGAAAGGGAUUAUUUCUGAAAGAGGACGACAAACUCUUGAUCUGUUCGUGACCAGACUUACUGGGGAAACUAUCAGCUACAACGUCUACGGCCUCCUCUCCAUCACUAUGCCAACACUACUUGGGAUUGUAGGGACUCUGGCAACGUAUAUCAUCGUGGUUGUACAGUUCAGACCGACAGACGCUCCUCUGUGUCAUCCCACCCUGGUGAGGAACGUCACGGACUGAG